AUGACAGGUAACUCAGGCCAUGACAAGAACAAGAAGGGUCCCCAAUGCCAGAAUUUUGCCAUCACCAUUACCAACAUAUCCUUGUCCUUGCUCCAAAAGGCAGUCCAUUGGUCUGGACACACCAAUAUUGUAUUCUCCCCAGUGAGCAUUUCAGCCGCCUUCACAAUGCUCUCCCUGGGAACUAAAGGCAACACUCACAAGCAAAUCUUCAAUGGGCUGAGGUUCAAUCUCUUAAAGAUGCCUGAAAUGGGGAUCCACAGAUGCUUCCAGCACCUCCUCCAAAAAUGCCUCCAGCCAAACUACCAGAUCCAGAUGAUCACUGGCAGCAGCCUGUUCAUUGAUAACCGUCUGGAGGUGGCAGACAAGUUCAAAAAGAUGAUUACAGAGUUGUACCACUCGGAAACCAUCCCCACCAACUUCAGGGACAUUCAAGAAGCCAAGACACAGAUCAACAAACACACGUUGAAGAGAAGCUAUGGAUACAUAUCAGAGGUGGUCGAAGACCUGCCGAUAGACACAGCUCUUGCCCUGGUGAACUACUUCUCCUUCGAAGGAAUCCAGAAUAAUAACUACAAUGAUCAAAUUAUAAAAGUUGAAUUCUACCUGGAUACAGGAGAGGUGCUUUAUCUGUCUAUGAUAUGCCGCCUGGAUAAAUUUUACCUGCAAAAGGAUAGGCAUCUGUUCAGCUGGGUGCUGAUGCAGCACUAUGUAGAGAAUUCCAUAGCCUUCUUCAUCCUGCCAGACCCGGAGAAGAUGCAGCAACUGUUACAGAACCUGAGCCCUGAAUAUCUCAAUACCCUCCAGAGGAACAUGAACCAAAGGGUUGUCAACUUAUAUUUCCCCAAAUUUACCGUUUCUGCAACCUAUGACCUGGAGACAGUCAUGAGGACACUGGGCAUCACCCAAAUCUUCAGCAACAAUGCUGAUCUUUCAAAAGUCACAAAGGAUGCUCCUGUGAAGGUAUCCAAGGCUGUGCAUAAGGCUGUGCUGGCAAUUGAAGAUACAGACAGAAAAAACGCCCAGUUUUCUAAUGUAUUCAAGAUUACCUCACCUAAAGUCCCCACUGUCAAGUUCAACAGACCCUUCCUAGUCAUCAUCAAAGACAAAGCCUUAGAUCUUCCUUUUAUUGUGGGCAAAAUUAUCAGCAUCUUUGAGUGCCAGUUCACCAAGAUGGAGGAUUUCCACUUAGGCUAUAGAAAGACCAUCAGAGUACUGACGGUCAAUAACGUGGAUGUGCAUCACCUGUUCCGAGUCAAGGGUCUGUCUAGCAUGGUGCUGGUAUACACGAUACACCAGGUAGAGGAGAGACUGACGUACCCACACUUCCGCUGGAUGAAUCAACAAUUUAGCUUAAGGGUGGUCAAGGUACACAUUCCUGAAUUGUCGGUGUCUGAGACCCAUGAUGUGGAGUCAAUGAUGACCCUACUAGGAAUCACCCCUCUUUUCAACAAGGAAGCCAACCGCACAUUGGCUGUGGAGGACACAGCCCAGGAGUCUUUCAAGAGGAUUGUCCAGGAUGUUGCCAUGGGCUGA